GCUCCUGGGAGGCGGCCCAGCUCCUGCGCGCCCUCCUCCGUUGGGAAAGACCUGGGGGGGCGAGGGGGGCACUGUGGUCCUUGCAGGGAACCUCCCGGAGAGGCAGCCAGUGGCCCCCGACGGCCCCGGGCGCGGCAGAAGCGCCCCUGCCCCCCCCCCCGGGAUCGGACAGAACUGAAAAUUCACUUCUGAUGGCUUCUCCACAUUCUCCUCCACGUAGUGAAGGGAAAAGACCAGCCAUGCAGCCAUCUCCGGGCGGGGUGUCCUUUGAAGAAGUGGCUGUGUAUUUCACCCAGGAGGAGUGGAGCCUGCUGAGCCCAACGCAGAGAGCCCUAUACAAGGAAGUCAUGCUGGAGAAUUUUGGCCAUGUGGCCUCUCUGGCAGAUGGUGUGUGGGAGUCGGCGACCAAACAUCCAUUGAUGGAGAGAGAAGACGCAUAUUCAGAUACAGAAGAGAACAUUGCAAAUUGUGAUGAAUUGAGGAUAGGGGAGAGAAGAAACCCACUUAAUGGGAGGACAAAUCCUGAUUUUCUACAAGGUGACAAUUCUCAAGAAAUUCCAUUCCCUCAAAAAAUACACAAAGGGAACAAUGGGAAUGAGUGCCUUGGAAGUGGGGACAGAUUUUCUGAAAUAUCAGAUAUUAAUAUACAUUGGAAUACCCAUAAGACAAAGAAAACAUUUAAAUGCCUUGAGUGUGGGAAAACCUUUGGGCGGAAAUAUAGUCUAACUACCCACCAAAGAAUUCACACCGGAGAGAAACCAUAUAAAUGCCUGGAGUGUGGGAAAAACUUCAGUCACAGCGGAAAUCUUUUUUCCCACCAAAGAAUCCACACAGGGGAGAAACCAUAUAAAUGUCCUGAGUGUGGAAAAAGCUUCAGUCUCAGUGCAAGCCUUUCUUCUCACCAAAGAAUUCACACAGGGGAGAAACCAUAUACAUGCCUGGAGUGUGGGAUAAGCUUCUCUCAAAGUGGAAACCUUUCUUACCACCAAAGAAUUCACACAGGGGAGAAACCAUAUAUAUGCUUGGAAUGUGGAAAAAGCUUCAGUCAGAGGGGACUCCUCUCCUCUCAUCAAAGAAUUCACACAGGGGUAGGAAAAUAUAAAUGCCUGGAGUGUGGGAAAAGCUUCAGUCAGAGUGGAAACCUUACUCGCCAUCUAAGAAUUCACAUAGGGCAGAAACCAUAUAAAUGCCUGGAGUGUGGGAAAAGCUUCAGUCAGAGUGGAAAUCUUUUUUCCCACCAAAGAAUCCACACAGGGGAGAAACCAUAUAUAUGCCUGGAGUGUGGAAAAAGUUUCAGUCAGCGUGGGCUCCUCUCUUCUCAUCAAAGUAUUCACACAGGGGAGGAAAAAUAUAAAUGCCUGGAGUGUGGAAAAAACUUCACUCAAAGUGGAAGCCUUUCGUACCACCAAAAAAUUCACACAGGAGAGAAACCAUAUAUAUGCCUGGAGUGUGGGAAGAGCUUCAGACAGAGUGGACUCCUCGCUUCUCAUCAAAGAAUUCACACAGGGGAGGAAAAAUAUAAAUGCCUGGAGUGUGGAAAAAGCUUCAGCCAGAGUGGAAACUUUACUCGACAUCUAAGAAUUCACACAGGGGAGAAGCGAUAUAAAUGCCUGGAGUGUGGAAAAAGCUUCACUCAGAGUGGGAACCUUACUCGCCAUCAAAAAAUUCACACAGAAUGUAUGGAGGUAGCACAGAAACUGUGUGUAGAAGCUGAGUCCCCAUUUUGAGUCAGAAAUAUUAUAAAAUGGGAGGCCAUCUUGUCCCAUCAUGAAAUGAAGAAAUGGAAAACCAGAAGGGUGGAGAAAUAGCCUCCACUGUCUCCACCUGUCAGGUGUGGCCUCCCUCUUCUGACCAAGAAAAGGGUCUAAGGGAUAUUGAAGGGAUUGAGCUGCCGGCACUCAUUCAUUCUCUGCCUUGUGUUUUUGUGGCCAACCAGUCCUCAGAUACAGAGAACACCUCAGAGUAAUUUAGAGGGCCUGGGUUUUAACUCAGUGGGUCAGAUAGCGAAUGGAUUGGGGGGGGGGCGGGGUUGCUAGGAGAUGACCAUUGUUAGUUCUUUGUAUGAGGGUAUAUGAAUUAAUUAAAAUUGUGUUUUGUCUUCUUUCUCACCACUUCAUUUGCUCUCACCUU